GUAAAUAAUUACAUUUACGCACACAAAGAAAUUUUUCCACCAACACCGAAGUCGCUCUACCUGCGCAAGAGUCACAUUCCGUCACCCACCUUCACGAUUGGCCGCCGAGGCUGUGAAGGCUUCGAAACAGUUUAAAAUUAAUUUUAGAAAGUUGGCAGUGUUAAUAAGUGUAUACGUCGUUUAGUUUAGUGACAAAAUGAUAACGGCUUAAGGCAAUAAAAUGUCUCGACUAGUUUGUGUCUUGGCAAUUCUUGGCAUAGCAUCAGCUCAACUCACGUUGGACGGCAUCAGAUGUGGUCAGCUGACUUGUCAACUCGACGAGUACUGCUCACCUGAGACCAACCGAUGCGCGCCGUGCAGCGUCGCUUGCAACAAAUCUCAUCACAAUUACGACUCUGGUCUUUGCAUCAAGGAAUGUCAAGGAUACUUGCUGGACUUGAGGUACAUGCGCAAAUCGGAAAGCAUCGCACCGCCGUCAGAUAUUAACAGUGUCCAGCGUCAAGCGCAGACAGCGUUGAUUGUGAGCAGCGUGGCUCUCGCUGUACUUCUUAUAGUUAUAAUAAUACUUUGUAGAGGAAGACUAUCCUGGAGAUAUAUCAAACAAAAGUUACAACCAAGUAAGAAUCGCGUUAAACAAUACCCGACGGACUUAACACAUCACAAUCCACACGCUGAGCUUCCGAAAGCCAAGCCCGAAUUGAAAUUAGAGAUACGAAAUUCUGAACCACCGAAGCGACAAAACCAACAGCCACUUAACGUCAGGGAUUUAGAUACAAGAACUCAAACCGAAGGUAGCCAGGGGGCUACAACGCCGAAGACCAUAAGCACUGCUCUUAGCAAUAGACAUCCAGCAGAAGAUACGACCUUAGAUUUUUCAUACGAUAACAUGGGUAUGAAUGUCACUCCCCCCGAACAACCCGCAGCUAGUCAUAAAUUCUGAGAAACAGUUAUGAUAUUCGGCAGUAACAAGAAUCUGUGGGCAACUUAGCAAUCGGGUUAAUUCGUUUCAAUUCUAUUUAAACGUUGUUAUACACUCGUAAUGCGUAUUAAUAUAAUCAUAAUUUGUGUUUUUACAAUACGUGGUAGUCAGAUCUUUUACACAUUUCAUACUAAUAAUAAUUUUUAAAACAAUUUAAUGUAUCCCAUUAACCGCUAAUCACUAAAUCGAACAAUUUAGUCGACUCAUUAGUAGAAUUACGGGACAUCACACGGUUCGAUACAUCACAAAUGAAUAUCAGGCAGCAAAUUAUACGUAAUAUUUGCACAAUAAGAAGGAAUAACGGAAGAUAUUGUCGCUAACUGAAUAUAUUAAAACAUAUAUAUGGGAUUGUCUUGCUUACUUACAUUUUAAUUUUUAGUAUUUUUAGUAUUACUAAAGGCUACUUAUAAUUAAUUAUCCAUAUGACUUACAAUUGUUAUAAUUUCAACUACAGAACAUUAUAGUUAAUAUAUUAAUUUACUUAUAUAUAAGAAAAUGCAUAAUGCAUUUAACAAUCAAAUUACAAUUGCGCUUAUGUAAUUUAAAUUACGUUCAUUCGGCCUUACUUAUAAACCUUGCUUACGGAUUGCUUAGUUAAACAUAGAGUUUUCUCUUUAUGUCAUAAUUGUUUUGACAUUCGAAAGAAGAAGACACUGUAUUGUUAACCAAACAACGUUUACAAGUAUAGUAUCCUAUUCCGAAUAGGAAGUUAAAUGAAUAAAAUUGUAAUAAAAUAUAGAUGAAAAUGAUGACGUCAUAAUUUUUUUAAAGAUAUUUAGUUUUAAGAAUAACCAUUAUUAUUUUCGUAGACGGAAACAAAAUAGUAUUGUAAUGAGUGUAUUCAUUAUGCAAUAAUUUCUAGUAGAUAUACUCAUUAUGAAAAUCAUUUAAAUUAUUUAUAAUUUAUAUGAGUCGUGUUUGUUGCCAGAAAUAUUAAUGUGGUAAUUUCGGUUCAGGUAAAUAUAUAAUGACGUUUAGACUGAAAGCAUUUAUAUUUGCUAACAAAUAAUGAUAUAUAUUUGGUGAGCGCGAUAUUAUAUCAAUAAAUACAUAAUGAUAUAUUCGAAAACGAAAUUGUAAUAGAGAAUGAUAAAGUGUAGUUUAUUGAUACGUCGUAUCUACACUACACUUCUUUAAAAUUAUUAAAAAAUACGUUUUUUACAACUGCCAAUAAACUUUACUAGCUACUUAAUUAAAUAUUUCUCGAAACAACUCCUGAAAUUGUAAAAAAUAAACAUUUUAAUUACUUACUUUUAAUGAAGAGUUGUACUCUUGUUAAAAUAAAUAUUUCGGCGUGGCUGAUGUAGUUUUUUAUUUGAAUGUUUUUAUGUAAUGUAUAGUUCUGUAUGUAAAUUUGUUUUCGUUUUCAUUAAUCACAAGAUGUAUUUCACAUAAUGAAUGUGAUUGCGGGAGGGAAAUGCCCGUGCAACUACGGGCUUGUUUGUUUGUCCGUCUGUCUUCGUUUUAAUACCUACGUUUAAUCUUUAAGGAAGUAGUAGAAUUAUUGUAAUGUUUAUUUUUUUAUAUAAAUAUUUUUGUAUAUCGCGCAUUAUACUGUUUAACAUGAAUAUUAUGUGUCGUCUUAAAUAUUGUAACCGAAAAAAACGUUUGAAUCAAAUUAUAAUAUUCUCAUUUUAAAAAUGUAUUCUUUUGCAAGAUUAUGAAAUAUUGAUAUUCAUUUUGCUUUACCUUCAUGACAAGAAAUAAUUAAAACAAGAAUAUUAUUUAUUAAGAAAGAGAGUAAGUCCGCGAAUUGUCCUUUAAACAUUUUUUUGACAAAUACUUUAUGAUUUUUUAACUCCAAUCUCACUUUAAACUAACUCCGGGAGGAUUUUCUCGGAAUAUAUUUCCAAUUUCAUAUCAUUUAGUUCAAUGUUAUUUCGUGAAAUAUCAAUGUGCCUACCCAUGUCACUUCAUUACCUGGAAACGCGAAUUGUAUUACUGAGUAAUUAACUUUUGAGUAAAUUUAAUUUUAAUAUUCCAUCUAAAGGUUUCAUAUUCAAUAUGUGAGACUAUAAAGUCCAACUACAUAUGAAGCAUAUUUACAAAUAUGUGUUUUGUAUUCGUACAAAAUAUUUUUUAAGCAAACAUUAAUUCUCGCAUAUUCAGAGUUCUUAUAUGUUCGAUUCAGUAAGUGAUUGUUGAUAAUGGUUAAGCAAGUUAUCGCUCGAUCAUAUCCAAUUGCAAUUAUGAAUUUUUUUGGAAUUCAUUUUUAAAACGUGUUUUUUUUUUCACGGUAAUAUUGACCUUUUGUUAGAAUCUGUUCAGUUUUCAAGUGCUUGAGUAACAUACUUCCAAGCACACGCCGUUGCAUACAUAAUGUUAGUAAGAUAAGACUAUGUAUGAAAAUACGGAUUUAUAGAUAAUUAGAACGUAUUUAUUUUGAACUGCCUCGUUAGUUAGCCCGGAGGUCCUGGGUUUAAAUCCCAGGUUAUUAGGUAUAUAGUUUUUGCGUUUUUCUGUCGAAAAUUUUCAAUUCUCAAUAGCCGCCCGGAGUCUGGAAGUUGGAAGUGUGGAGUCUUUCCGGUCGUGUCGGAUUGCCGUCCCAUCGGAUUAUGAGAGUUAGGAAAUAGAGAGUGCACCUCCUAUGUUUGCGCACACACUUGUCCACUUAGUAUCUCCUGCGCAGUUGGCUAAUCUCUUUCGAGAUUGGAAAUCGGCGUGAAGGACUAUUUUCAUAUAAAUUAACAAUCCCAAUAGACACUUUUACCUCUUUAAUAUUGGUAAACAUGAUUCUUGAACAAUAAAGCUCGUAAAACACACAAGUAUGAUCAUUCAUGCUAUUGUCUCAUUUUAAUAAAAGUCUUUAACGUAAAGGAUAUAGAAGUUGAUUAUUUCUUUUUGAAAUUUUGCUUUAAUGCUUAAAGUCUUUAAUGAUAUGUCUUUAUUAUAUUAUACUUAGAUAAAAUGAUGUAAGAUUUGAUGGUAGUGUCUAGAUUUUAGUUAGCAAUUAGUACCGUCCAUACGAAACAUUCCAGUAUUUAAGUAAGAAAGGGAAAUAAUUCAUUUGAAUUGAAUAAAGUAAUGAGUUAUAAUUUUUAGAAGUAAGUAUUAUUAAUAAAAUUUUUCAAAUAAAUUAUGAGAUGUAUUCAAUUUAUAAACGAUAAAUGAUUUAAUGUUUAAUAUCUUAAAUGUAUUUAAAAAGUUGAUUGAAUAUAUCGUAGAAGGUUUAGGCACACAAAGCUUGAAAUUUGUGAAACACUUGUUAUAAUAUUUGUUUUGUUAUAAGAGAUUUGCAUAUAAUAUCAGUUGUGUCGGCUUAUAACGAUUUUAUAAUUUAUUAUCGCGAUGAAACAAGCUCUAUUAGUAUUAUUUUUUAUAUCUUACAUCAAACUAAACUUGUGCUUGUUUUAUUGUUCGGUAAUAAUUAAACUAUUUAAAUUAUUUGCUUAAUUCCAAUCGCAGAAGGAGUAAAGAUAAACAAACCUUAGAUUUGCAUUUGCGAAGCGAUUUGCUAACAGUUCUACAGUAAGUACUACACACAGUUCUUGGUUAAUUUACCUUUAUUUAUAACUCAACACUAUUCCUCGUAACCAGUUAUAACUACUUUAAUUUAACUUCCAAAAUUUCGAUUACAACACUGAAUAUUGGCAACGCCAUUUUUUUGUGAAUCCAUAGUGAAUAUCAUAGAUUAUUAAAGAUGACCAAUGUUAUCGCGUCAGUUCGAUGUAAAGGUUGUUUAUUUCUUUUUGCUCCUCUUGUGGUUAGAAUAGGAUAUAUGUUCAUAUAUUACUCACAUCGCAUCGGAAUCGCAAAAACCAAAAUACUAUAUUGUGGAAAAAAUAAAACUAAUAAUAGCCUAUUAAUAUCGCACAGCUAGGCUACAGCUUCCUCUCCUCUCUUGAGCUUAUUCAUGGUUUUUUUUACCACAGAGCACGUGAUAAAAUAUAAACACAAAUUAAGCAGGUGAAACUGAGUGGUGCUUGCCUGGGUUUGAACGCGUAAUGUUUGGUUAAGAAUCACGUGUUCUAACAGCAGGACCAUGUUAGAGUGACUAUAAAAGAAUUACAUUUAUUCAUUGUAAUUUCAUAACAUCUUAUUCUGAAAUUUAAAAUAUAUUAAAACAACUUAGAUUAAAAUUGUCUGAUUCUGAAUAGUAAUUAUACUAACUAUUCUGAUAUGAUAAUAUAAUAUCGUAUAUGCUUUAUAACAUAACUUACAUCCGCAUAUGUAUAUGUAAUACAUAAUUAAACGAAAUAAAACCGCACUUUGAGUAAUUAAUACAAUUUACAACCGAUCGUAAAACGUUGUAAAGCGAACUUCGGUGUUACGCUAUUUUGACAUGUGUAUAAUUUUAAUAGGUAUUAUAAUAAUUGUAAAAAUUAAGCAUAAAGUGAUAAAUUACUUCCUGCCAUUUCGCGAUCUACUUUUAAUUGUUUUUACAGAAGAUAUUGUCCUACAGAAUAGUUUUUUCUUACGGAAUAGCUUUGCUUAUAGUAUAGAGAAGUGUUAUUGCAAUUUAAAUUUACUGUCGAGUUAACGUAGGAGUAAUAUCGAGGUUUUAAUAUUCUGCGGCAAUUUGAUACUUAAAUAGGGUUAAGGAUGUAUUCAAGCCCUAAUCGUUUUUAUAUUGUAAUUUUUAGAGCUGUAAGUUUUUUUCAUAGCCGUAAUGGAAUUUUAUCAAAUAAUGUAAGCAAUAUAGAUGCUUUUUCGAAUUUUUAAGAUGACAUUAUUGUAGGGCGUUAAGUACAAUAAAAAAAUCUAGUGUUUGUAUUAUUAUUAAUUAUCACAAUUAACUUUAAGAUUCGUAAUAAUUUUAAGGUUGUAUGUAUAUAUUUGAAGCCCUUGGGAAAUCCGUCCAAUUGAUAGGUUAAUAAUUAUUUUGUUAUAAGUGUUGAUAUUAUUAUUACAAUUUUAUACGUAAGCGUGUCAACGAAUAAAAUCAACUACUUGCAUUACUGAUAAUGGAAGGUAAACAUUCGCUACUGUCGAUUUUAUUAAUCACUUAAUAUGUAAUUUUAAUAUACUUAUUGUUAUUUUCGAUUCAAUUUGAAAUAAAAUUCUUGUAAUAAAAC